UGGUGAAUGGUGAUGGUGGUGUGUAGUUUCUCCCCUGCAGAGGAUCUUCUUCAUUGUAGUCAAUAUUGAAGAAUCAAAACACCCCUUAAAAAAAACGGCAGAUAAAAGCCACAGAACAAUUGUGUUCUGACUAGAAAAUCCCCAAAUUGACUUCUUCUGCCCUAGUUCACUCAAUUCUCCAAUUCAGGGUCGACGUCUCCCUGAAGAAGUAAUAAUGUGCAGCUUCAAACUCCAGUUUUCUCAACUCUGCUUUCAACAGAAGCCUCAGAUUCCGACCUUUGUUCACUUACUGAGAAUUACUUGCGGAGGUCUUAGAAAUGGCCCCAGAAAACCUAUGUGGAGGACGCGAGUGCUCUCCUCUGAAGCCAUUCAUGCAGUUCAGUCCUUGAAAUUGGCACAAAAAUCGCCUUCUAAAUUGGAGCAGGUUUUCACCACCAAGCUCAGCAGGCUUUUGAAGGCCGAUUUAGAGGACACCUUGGCCGAGUUGCAGAGGCAAAAUGAAUUGGACUUAGCCCUCAAGGUGUUUAAUUUUGUGAGGAAAGAGACGUGGUAUGUACCGGAUCUGUCUCUGUUCAACGACAUGAUAUUGAUGAUGGGUAAACGUAAAAUGAUUGAGAUGGUUGAACAACUUUUUCUGGAACUGCGAAAUGAAGGCCUGCAACCUGAUGCGAGAACCUAUACCGAACUGAUUGGAGCUUAUUUCAAAGUUGGAAUGGUGAGUAAAGCAAUGGAAACGUAUGAGUUGAUGAAGGCUUCAGGUUAUGUCCCGGAUAAGUUAACUUUGACAAUUUUGAUAAGAAAUCUAGAGAAGGCCGGUGAGAAUUCCCUUUCAGAAGCUAUAAGGAAAGAAUGUGCUGAGUAUUUUGAUUACCCUAACAAGUUUCUUGAAGAAGUUGAAAGGCAGUAUGUGAGUAUCCAUUACCUUCAAGCUCAUCUUUUGUAGGUGGUGACUUUUGUUUCUGCAUACUUAUUUGCUUAAACAUGAAAUUAUCUAUGACCAUUACUUUAGAUGAACUUGAUUGUUUAGGUUCUGGUGCCUUUUGAUACCUUUUCAGCAUGCAAUAGUGGCACUUUUGUGAAAUCUCGAGACCGGGCAGAUACUCCUCUUGGCAGCCCCACUAGAGUCUCUGUUAAACAGAAAAUCAACAUUUUCUACCUGUUUCCAUGGCUAUGCAUUAGAAGCAAGUGCCUUCACUUAGUUUAGUAAAGAUGGUGUGAACUUGGCAUAUUUACCUUCUCUUCUUCUAUUUUGGAUUCCAAGUGUUUGGUUGAUCACUUGAUCUAGAUCUUCUUUUCCCCCACCAACCUAUGAUGCUUUCACCUAGUGAAUUUAGAUUCCAGACUUAUGGUUGAUUGGAAACCGAGAUGCAUCUAGAGCUAAGAAUACUUUGGGUAGCACUCGCUUUUUCUCUAACUUUAUAGUUGGGAGUUUUCGUAUUUGCUAUAUUAGGAUGAUAGUUUCUGAUAGUCCUUUGCCUCAAUAUGCCAAAGGCCCAGAGGAUAGAUACUCUUUUGAAACAGCGCAUUUUGCUAUGUAAUCAUGAAAUUUCUAAACAUUGUUUGAAGUCCUUGUGUGAGAAAUCUGAAUUAUAAGUAAAACAUAAUAGUGAAUUCAAGAAGGUUCUCAGAAAUUGUUGCAGAGUAUGUGUUACAUUUAUGAUUUUCAUUUCAGCUGCAACUUUAUGAUUUUUAAGAGGCUUUAGCUUACAGGACUUGGCAUGUGUACAUGUUUAUGACCUAUUUUUAAGUUUUCUAUUUAAUGAAACUGCCAAUUUUUUUCUUCCUUAUAUCAUAAGUUGUAGUGGAUUUAACUUCCAUCUGCCUCGGUAUGAUUUUCUUUAAUAAAUAUUGUAUGAAAAUCAUUUUCUUCCUAGUCUCCGUCUCAUAUGAGCUGUCUGUCUUGUUGCAGCCGAAGAGGAAGAAACUUGUCAUCAUCUGAAGAACGUGUCACGCGACUUUGUUCUGUCCCUUCAUCGCAUCGUCGAUGGGGUGGAAGAAUUUGGUUGACUUACAACAUAAAGACGAUAAAGUACAUAUAUUUUCAUCUGGAACACAAACAUCUAGCUAGCCAUAUCAAAGGACAAAGAUGCAAGUCCCUAUUUCUUAGGAUGGUAGAAAGGUAAAAAUGUAGUUCCGUCUCUUACAAAAGAUCCUAAAUUCUUGCUUUGCUCAUGUGAAAAAACAAAAAUUUAGUUUAUAAAAUUUGGAUCUUUUGUUAAAAUGAAGUUGUAACCCUCUGUUGGAUAAGGUUCAGAAGCCUACACAUCUUGUUUUUAUUAAUAGUAACAUAUAAAUUUUAGUUUGUAA